ACAGUACACAAAACCAAUGUGAUGGCAGUAGUGAUAAGUAGCGCUUUGAUGGAGGAAAUAGUGUGUUUUCUUGUUCGCAGGCGCUGCGUUUGAUAUGAAGUACGGCGUCAGUGUGAACGCAGAAGCCACUGCAAGUAGAUCGACACAAGAAGACCCUGCUAGCCCUCGAGGGAGAGGUGGCUCCUCCGUCACCACUCACCCCAGAGAUGAUCAUCCAGGAGCUGUUAAAUCAUCCGCCGUUAUAUCUGUCAAGCCGCUGUUUAAGCUAAUCAACUUCAACGACGACGAUCUUGUCGAGGUUGACUGUUCCGGCAACCACACCAGCUCACAGGAAGUUAUGGGAGGUGUGACAGAUAUUUGUAUGCCCGAGGCAAACGCUGUCCACAAUAUGGAAUUCCCUGAUAAAAUUCCACAUAAAAUUAUUAAAAAUAAAAGGCAAGUUAACAUCAUACCAUUUCAAAAAGAAAAAUUCCCACAAAGAAAAACCCGAGCGACCUGUAGCCUAAAUGUCGAAGGUGACUGUGGCACGAACCAGGCUGCUACAGGUGUAGGACCAACCGUGACCUGUAGCAGUGUUACGUUCCCUGGUUCAACCUUUCAAAUCCCUGCAGGGGAAGGCAGGACCGAGGACACUGUAUCGAGUCUACAUAUGAGACAACACAGUUCUACAUUAUCCACAAACAGUCAGAAUGUCUCAUUUGCCCCACCAGGAUGUUCUACAAGUAGACCAAAUGCCAAAAUUCAGUAUGCCUCUGUGUCGAUGACUGAUAUUUGUAGAAGUACAUCGCGUACAGACAUUCACAAUCUACCAAAAACCUUAUCUGGAACACUUGAGCACCUGAAAAGCCAGUACACGAAGCAACAGAACGGCAGCAAUACAAGUGGAAAUACAAACAUCGCAUCGGAUGUGAACAUCACUCAGAAGUGCCACAAAAGGAGCAGCACCGUCACAGUCGACUCUUGCAUAAGGAACAGAAACACGGACGGUGACACCAGGACAAGUAUUAACAACACAGUUGGUGAUGUAAUGAGCGGCGUAACCAACACCACCAGGAAAGGCGACGACCACACUAUUGAUAGUUCUCGUGGCAGGAGUGAGGAGGAGACAGAUGAGGGCCAGCCUAGUGCAAGACGCGAGGUGAGAACGUGUGGUGAGGCGCUUCAAGAGAUCGUCAAGGAGGUGGAGUUAGGGCUAAGGAGGGCCACGCUGAGGCUACACCAUGACUGGAAUAGAUGUCACCACUGUAUCGAGGAGGUGAGGAAGGCACUGCAGGGGAGAGGUGGUGUGCGUGGUGAGGCGCUAGAGGGGCCCUGCCUCACCUUCCUGGCGCAAGUGUUGACUCUGGUCGUGUCGAGAGCCGCCCCCGGUCACCUCCUCACCGCCUGGUGGCGUGUGGUGGAGGUGGUGGAGAGCGUGGUAACGGAGGUGUGUACGUGGCCGCCCCUGUUGGUAAGAGCUGGCAACAUCCUCCUCCAGGAGCUGGUCAACAUUUGCCACGAGAUGCACGAGAUGCACGAGUUGCUCACUGGAGGGAGCGACAGGCGAUUGUCACGAUGGGAACACCUUACCGAGAUUGGGUACUCCCUGGCAGGUGUGUUCAGGAAGAUCGUCAAUCAGGCCUCUCGCAUACUAGACAGAGGCGCCUACCCACCCCCGGCACCAAAGUCCCCCAUUAUCAGUGAAAAGUCGUUCGUGGAGGAGGCUCUGGCAGCUCUCCUCCCCAGUUACGACAUAUACGCAAAUUUACCGACAUGGAUGGACCCCAGUCAGGCGCUAUACCCAGGCCAGACCCCGGGAGCCACCACACCUGCAGCACCAACAGGAGAGUUCUCAUAUUCAAGUGCAUCAAUGGGGGACGUCACACUGAUCGAAGCACCUAGAGAGGACGAGGUGUCUAGGUGGCGCUACAUAAACAACAUGAAGGAAAACAUCAGUGCUGCUUUAGCCAUGUUGGACCCACAUCCUCGUCACCGCCAGAGAGACAUUGCUCAGCCUACCUUGAAGAGAACAGUGACCCUCCUGAAGGACCCCCGGGAUCCUGGUGUCUCCUGCAGCCCACCAGACCCCUCCACCAUAGAGUGGAACUUGCGAUACUGGCGAUCAGUUAUGGCGGAGCAGAUUUUGUUACUUACUGACGUUCCUUUGUUUGAAUUACAGGUCUCUGAGAUCAUUCGCCUUAUUGACGGUUGCUGUGCUUUAGAGUUAUAACACGAUCAAGAUUUUCUAUCAUCCGUGCCGUACCUUACACAAAUUGUAGCUGCGGUACCACCUCAAUCAUAUAACUUGGUCGUCGUUCCUGUGUUGUACUGUGAGCCAACAACCUACUCUAUUACUUUUACUUUUAUCCUCUUCGCCACUGGUUGGCUCGUUAGCAGCUUGGGCGUCUUUGGCUAAGAGAAAAAGAUUAACUUAUUGACCUUGGGGAAUAUGGACCCAGGUGUUUAUUACCCCGUCAUGUCAGUAUAACAUAACCAUCAACAUGUCACUAGUAUAAUUUCCAUAAUUAUCUACAUAUUUAUAAUUUAUUCAGGAUUAUGUAUUUUUCACUAUUUUUAUAAAUAUUUUUGUCAGCAUAAAAAUUGCCAGAACUACCUCACUUUUAUUCGCGAAUAACAAAAGUGUCCCGCAUCGCGAUUUUAAUACUACAACUGAAGUCCAAUACUGUACAAGUAGACGACCAGUGUAUAUAUUCUCGUAACUCCAGCCGAUGAAGUAGUGUCUGGUAAAGAAAAGGUGAAGCCAUACUGGAAAUAAUCACCUGAUGACUUUGUCGGUUCCUUAGUCAAAUUACCUUAAUUACUAUAUGUGUGUGUGUGUGUGUGUGUGUGUGUGUGUGAUCGACAAGCAUGGCACUACAUAGGCGAGAAGUGUAAAAUUUUAAAAUAUUGAAAAAAAUCACUGAAUAUUUAUGUAUUUAUGUAUUUAUCCAUUUAUUGAUUAUCUAUACCUAUUCAUUUACUUAUUUAUCUAUAUAUUGACACACGAAAGAGCAUUUCCCAUGACAGUGCUUUAAAGAGCCACCUGCUGCAUAUACAUUACUGUACGUAUACCGUGUGAAACCAUUUUUGUUAGGGUCAACUAUAGUGGCAUUUGUGUUAUAUCUGCUGCCAAAAGUUUCACAUACGUACCCAGCGGGAUUUGCGGACUUAAAGGGACACUUCUUUUUUUUAUGAAUCCCGAAAGGGAGGAUUAAGAUGUAACUCACAUAUCGAAUGUUUGGUUUAUCUGUUCACUUGAACCCUUUCAUUUAUGUUAUGUAACAUACUGCUGAUUUGAUAAUAUAAAUAUUUAUCUUUGACUCAGCUGGACGUUGGGAGGGAUUCACUUGCUUUUUUGCUUUUAUCAUCUUCGCCACUGAUCGGCUCGCUAGUCGCCCGGGCGA